AUGGACAACGCAGUGGACGGAGUCAUCUUGUUUUCUUUCGGAUCGGUCGUGAAUACCACCUACAUGCCGCACGGAAUGAAGGUGAAAUUCGCUGACGCAUUUCGUCGUUUUCCUAACUACACUGUCAUCUGGAAGAUGGACGACCAGCUUCCUGAAGAGAUGAGAAGCGUGUCGAAUAUCAAAGUGUUCCGCUGGUUACCUCAGCGUGCGAUCCUGCGUCAUCCCAAGUUGAAACUUUGCAUAAUGCACGGUGGUUACAACAGUUUACUGGAAACCGUGCUCAGCGGAGUACCGAUGCUGCUCAUUCCACUGUUCGGUGACCAGCAUACGAAUUCGCAACGAGCGGCCCGUCUGGGCUUGGCGCUGGUCCUCGACAAGAUGUCACUCACCGCCCAAUCGAUUGCCGACAGCAUUAGUGAGGUUCUGCACGAUUACAGGUGA